UUAUAUUAUAUCAUCACCCUUUGGGAACAAAGCUUCCACCCACCAAAAAAUAUGGAAAACCAUUCCCAUUUUCACACAGUUAAACCAAUGCCCCAAACACUCUUCAAUCGAAUAUUUGCACUAAUUUACGCUUGUGCCAUCCUGGGUUUACUCUAUCACCAUACAACAAACCUCUUCUUCUCCACAACCUUACUCUGCUUCUCCAUAACCCUAAUCUUGCUAAUAUCUGACCUAAUUCUCGCGUUCAUGUGGCUCAACACACAGACUCUUCGCAUGUAUCCAGUUCAUCGCCAACAGUUCCCUGAAAACCUCAAGAAAGUACUGAAAUCGAGUCAGUAUCCGAAUUUGGACGUGUUUAUAUGCACCGCCGAUCCGUAUAAGGAACCGCCGAUAAGUGUAGUGAACACGGCUUUAUCGGUAAUGGCUUAUGAUUAUCCGGCGGAAAAGAUAUCUGUUUAUAUUUCCGAUGACGGUGGCUCUUGUCUGACGCUUUUUGCUUUAAUGGAGGCUGCUAAGUUUGCUGGUCACUGGCUACCAUUUUGCGAGGAGAAUAAUAUUAUAGACAGGAGUCCUCAAGUUUAUUUCGAAUCCAGACAGGCUUCUGUUUCAGAGACCGAAAAUAUUAAGAUAAUGUACGAAAGCAUGAAAUUUAGGAUAGAAGAUGUUCUUGAGAGAGGAAAAGUUGAUGAGCAGUAUAUCGAUGGAGAUCAAGAAUCCGAAUUCUUCAACAAAUGGAUUGAUAAAUUCACACGACAAGACCAUCCUACUAUUAUCCAGGCUCUCUUAGAUUCAAGCAAGGACAGAGACAUUACUGGUCAUGAAAUGCCAAACCUCAUAUAUGUUUCUAGAGAGAAAAGCAAGACUACACACCAUCACUUCAAGGCUGGAGCCCUCAAUGUCUUGCUAAGAGUAUCAGCAGCACUAACAAACGCACCGAUGAUCUUGACAUUAGAUUGUGACAUGUACUCUAAUGAUCUCCAAACUCCAUUAAAUGCCCUUUGUUACCUAUGCGACCCAGAUCCAGCUUUUGUUUCCAACUUAGGUUAUGUACAGUUUCCUCAACGAUUUCAUAGCAUCAACAAACAUGAUAUGUAUGCUUGUGCCUUUAGACGCCUGUUUGAAAUUCAGGCAAUAGGUCUUGAUGGGUUAAAUGGACCCAAUUAUGUCGGAAGCGGAUGUUUUUUUUCUCGACGAGCUUUCUUCGGAGCUCCGUCGACUCUAGUGCAGCCGGAGAUUCUUGAGCUAGGUCCUGACCAUGUUGUGGAUAAACCCCUGCAAUCUGACUCAGUUUUGGCAUUGGCUCAUCAGGUUGCUGGUUGUGACUAUGAGAACAACACUAUGUGGGGUUCCAAGAUUGGAUUUAAAUACGGAUCAUUGGUUGAGGACUACUACACAGGGUAUAGAUUACAGUGUGAGGGAUGGAGGUCUGUAUUUUGCCACCCUAAGAGGGCAGCAUUUCUGGGCGAUGCUCCGAUCAGCUUACUUGAUCUUCUGAGCCAACAAAAGAGAUGGUCCGUUGGGCUCCUCGAGGUUGGAUUUUCUAAGUAUAGUCCUAUAACCUUUGGUAUUAGCUCUAUGGGACCUUUGAUGGGGCUAGGCUAUGCUCAGUACUCGUUUUGGCCUAGUUGGUCUAUCCCCAUCAUUGUUUACUCUUUUCUUCCUCAGCUUGCUCUUCUCAACAAAGUUUAUAUAUUUCCCAAGGUAUCAGAUGAUCCCUGGUUUGUUGUGUACGCAUUUUUAAUUCUUGGAGCAUACGGACAAGAUUUGCUCGACUUUAUCUUGACUGGUGGAUCGGUCCAAUCUUGGUGGAAUGACCAAAGAAUUUGGCACAUACGAGGACUCACAUGUUACUUAUUUGGCACCAUUGAAUUCUUACUUCAUACUUUUGGGUUUUCAAGAUUUGGGUUCAACGUCACAAGCAAAGUAGUUGACGAUGAACAACACAAACGAUACGAGCAAGGCAUCUUUGAAUUUGGAGUUCAUUCACCCAUGUUUGUUACCCUAACAAUGGCGGCUUUAUUAAACUUGGUGGCUUUUGUCAAAGGAGGGUUUGAUGUUUCAAGAGGCGUCGGACGUUUUGAAGAUUUGUUUCUGCAGAUACUGAUUGCAGGGUUUGCUGUGGUGAAUAGUUGGCCAGUUUAUAAAGCUAUAUUCUUAAGAAGUGAUAGUGGACAAAUGGCUAAUAAAACUACAAAUAUGGCAUCUUUUUUUGUAUGUUUGCUUUGCUGUAUAGGCUAUUUUGUGUUCUGAGAGUCGAGAGUAAUGCUGAUUAUAGUUUUCACAUCAUGUGCCUGUAAUUUAAAUAAAAGUAUUAGUAGAAAAUAAUUAUCUAUAUAGUGUGGAAAUGAAAAAAAUACUUAUAUUCCAUAACUAUAUUUAUGUAGAAAAUAAGUAUUUAAAAUAAAAAUAUAUAUGCUACUUUGCUAGUGAUA